AUGAAGACCUCCACAUGCACUGUGCUCUCUAUCCUCAGCAUCUGUGCUGGAUCAAUUUUUGGGGUUAAUAUAAUAUCUGAGGUCCGUUCAGGAGGAAACAUCACUUUGUCGUGUUCAAAUAUCUCCAAAGAGACAACUCAAGUGGACUGGUUCCGAGUGGAGAAUGAAACUAAAGCUCGCUGUAUUUCUUCAAUGAUUGGAUCUGAUGAUGAACCUUCAUAUUGUUCUGGAUUUAAACACAGCAGGUUUCAAAUGAGCAUCAGCAAAACACAUGUGUUUUUGACAAUCUAUCAAGUACAAACCUCAGAUUCUGGAUUGUAUUUCUGUGGAUUCUUCAUAAGGUCAAAUGUAGUCAUUGGAGAGUCGACGUACUUAAGUGUUGACGGUGAUGAAGGUGAUCUUGUCACAAUUAUUCCAGUGGACGAGAAAAUGGACUGCCCGAGCGUUUACACUGUCCUAAUAAUUCUGGGGAGUAUCACUGUCUUUUCCAUUUUGAUUAUUACUGGUCUGAGCGUCAAAAUCUUCCAUCUCCAGAGAGCAAAAGACCAGACACCAGAUUCACGGGAGAACUGUACUGGGACUGCACGCGUCUUUAUGGCCACAACGGUGAGAAGCAGGUUGCCAAGGAAACCAGAGGACACUCAUGUCGUCUGUACCGUCAUCAAAUAAACUUUACAAUGUCCAUCGUACACACAGUCGGCUCUGGGUGGGCAUCGAUGGACAAUUUUCUGAAUGUUGCUCUUCACUUGUCACCCCAACAAAGAUUUUACACUUUUUUUUUUAAUCAUCUUUCUCACUCUCAGUGUACUUUGUGUGCAUUUUUUCAGCUUUAAACCAUAUUGUAAUACUGUUCCCUCAUCCAAAACAAACCUGUGUGUACAAGUGUCUCCAUGAUCUCACACCAAAGCACAUCUCUAACGUUUUAGUGCUGUAUGAACCAUGUCACACUCUGAGGACCUUAAAUCCAGACUCAGCCGCUCCUGUUUAGCUGUGCAUGUGUCAGAUUCUUUAGUUCUACCAAACUGUUUGGGAAAGAUGAUAUGCAGUCAGUUAACAGUUUAUUCGCUGAAGCACAACCUUUAAAAUGAGAGUAAAAAUGGGUAUAAAUGGGUAUGUAAUGAAAAAUAAUAUUAAAAGAAAAAAUCCAGUUUGGCUAAAAUCGGAAUUAAAAUGGGCUGGGUGCUGUGGUCACUGCCUGAAGGUCCAUGUGGAUCUGGCGUGAUAGUCCCUCUGGUCCAGCCACCGCCACGUUGACUGUAAAAACGAGAGUAAAACAAAGUCUGUCAGACUGUGACUAGGACCGUCUUUGACCAGCCACACACACACCAGGGUCGACUGAGUGACGUCCCUUUACUUAGCUCUAUCAUGCAGGUGAAUAGAGCCGCCACGUCCCCCGCAUCCGGGCCUCCGCCUCUGCUCCACCACGGGUCCUCCUGCUCCCGACGCCAUGCUCAACAGGGUUCCCUCUGAACUCCUGUGUAUCGAGGUCGAGACGCUGCGGAAACAGAGUGCCUCUUAGCUCUGAUCUGAUCUACUGUCCGGCUUCACACACGCCCACAAGGUCCCCCAGAUGCAUCCCUUUACUUAGCUCUUUUCAGGUGUUGUAUCCGUCCCUCUGCCUUGUCCAGAUGGUCCAGCCUCGGUUAUACCCUUAUCAUAAGAAGGCCCCCAGUCAGAAAGCCCACUAGUCAGAAGGCCCUGUAGUGAGAAGGCCCACUAGUCAGAAAAUCAUGACCUCUUCUAUUGGUUUGUCAGCAACAUUUCUCUUGAACAAUUGAAUGUAUAUUUGAUGAAAGCAACAGGGAAUAAUCCCUGGAUAUCAGGGAAGAAUUAGUAAACUUUUGGGUGUUUACCAAUUAAAAAUGGCUGCAACAUCAACGUUUUUAGAGAUAUUGACAGGAAAACGCAUAAUCAUGCAUCACAGCAUUAGCUAAGGCCAGUAUUACUUAAUGUGUUGGUUUACAAACCCACCAAUGCUAUAUUAAAAGAAAAAGAUUUAAAAUAAAAUUGAAAUGAAGGUUGUAGAGCUCGAAUUACUGAACAUUUUGCAAGUUGUUGCCUGAAAAUCAGACAAUUCUUAACCCUGUUCCAUUUAAGACAGACAUUUCCACCCAAAUCAUUAUUUCCUCAAACAUUUUUGCUGUAUUUUAAGGGUUUAAUAUAUUUAUUACUUUUAAUAUUUACUUUUUAAAAUAUUUAAAACUUGAAAUACAAUUUCAUUUGUAACAAUUUGUAACACUACCCGAACAUGGAUUUUCUGACUAGAGGCUCUUCUGAUGAUGAGGCUGACCCCCCAGCCUCACCCGUUCCACUGCACCACCUGUCUUCGUUCCCACUCCGUCACCUCUCUUGCCCCGUCUCUUCCGUUUCCUUCCACAGCCAAUAACACUGGGUGGGAGGGAAUGUUCAAUUAGUUCAGUUCACCCAGUCCUUCACUCCAGUAUAAAAAAACACAUCAAAACUAAAAUCACCACAAAUAAAAUACAUAUAGAGUAAAAAAUCAAGGGCUCUUCUGUCUUCUUAUUCUGUAAAAAAAGAAAAAAAACAUCUGAUAUACAACUCCAUUUGUGUAGGUUGAGUUAACAACAUCAAAGUCUGAGCUUGAAGUCUAUUUUUAAAUGAAGUGUUGAAGUGAAAGAGCUUGUGCCUGUAGUGAACACAGUGUGGACAGAGGUUAUGGUUUUUCCCUCUCACACAGACUGCACCACACUGGCCUCUGUUUCUCUGCAAACUGUC